UUUUAAUAAUUAUUAAAAAGGAGUGUCAAAAUGAAGGUUUCUGAAAUCAAUGGCGUUAAGAUCUAUGAUCUCAAUACAGCCAAAACUUUGGCUCAGUAUCUUACAGAGGCAAAGAAAAAGAAGACUAAAUUAAACAAGCUCAAAGGAUAUGACAACUCUAUUGAGCUGAUUGCAGAUUUCGAGUUUAACAAUUGAGCAACUAACAUAGAAGUAAGCAAUGAUGGUUAUUAUCUUGUGGGAGCAGGUACUUAUCCCCCAAGAAUCAAGAUCUUCGAGACUCAGGAGAUGUCUGUCAAGUGUGAGAGAGGAAUUGAUGCUGAAGUUCUCAAAGUUAAGAUCCUGUCUGAUGACUAUUCCAAAAUUGCACUGCUUCUUGGUGAUAGAAAUAUUGAGCUCCACGCUCAAUACGGAAGACACUAUAGAAUCAGGACUCCUAAAAUUGGAAGAGACAUGGCUUAUCUCCCAACCACGUGCGACCUAGUUACUGUUGGAGCUGGAAACGAAAUCUAUAGACUUAAUUUAGAGCAAGGAAGAUUUUUGGGUCCUUUAGAGAGUGAUUCUCCAGAAAUUAACUGUGUUACACACAACAAAGCCCUCAACUGUAUUGCAACAGGAGGGAUAGAUGGAGUUGUCGAGAUGUGGUCCAUGGACGAUAGGCAAAAGUUAGUAGAACUUCCUAUCAAAAACCAUAAAGCUUUUGAAAAUUACGAUAUGAGCGAGAUCACAUCACUAAAAUUUUCAGAUGACGGAAUGUAUCUUGCAAUUGGAAACGAAUGUGGAAAAGUUAAACUGUUUGAUAUUAGAUACCCUAUUCCUCUCUUUGAGAAGGUUCAUCAGCAUAAGCUACCAAUCAAGAAGGUUGAUUUCCACGAAUCCUCCAGAACUUUAUUCUCAAUGGAUAAGAAAAUUAUCAAAAUUCAUGAAAGAGAUACAGGAAAGCUAUACACAAACAUUCAGACAAAGAAGGAUGUAAAUGAUUUUGCAUUCUAUAAAAACUCAGGAAUGGUGUUUACUGCCUGUGAAGAAGAAAAACUGGGAUCCUACUUUCUACCCUCACUUGGUGCUGCUCCCAAGUGGUGCUCUUACAUUGAAAACAUGACUGAAGAAAUGGAGGAGAAGAAAACAACAACAACUUAUGAAGAUUACAAAUUUUUGACAAAGAAUGAGCUCGAGAAGAUCAAUGCAUCUCAUCUUAUAGGCUCUAAGAUGUUGAAGCCAUACAUGCAUGGAUUCUUUAUGGACUAUAAGCAGUAUCUUAAACUCAAAGAUAUCAAUGACCCAUUUGCUUAUGAUAACUACAGAAAGGAGAAAAUCAACAAGAAAUUAGAAGAAAUCAGAGAAAACAGGAUUGUUUUCCAAAGAACUCUUCCAAAAGUCAACUCUAAAUUUAUGGAUGAUGUACUCAAGAUAGAUGCAAGGCAAAUGAGAAAGUCUAAGAAAUUAAAAGAGAAAGCAGAGAUGGCAAAGAACCUUGUAUCAGAUCCCAGAUUUGGAAAGAUGUUCCAAGAUAAAGACUUUACUAUUGAUACCGGUUCAGAAGCUUAUAAACGUAAUAAGCCUCAAGUGUCAAGAUAUACCAAAGAAGAACCAGAAGAAGAAUCUGAAGCUCAAGAAGAAGAGACACAUGCUCUCAAUAACAUCCUAGGAGAGACCAGCAAGCCUGCCGAAAGGAAGAAGACUUUAGACUCUAGAAUCCCUAAAAAGAAAGGCACUGAUAGAAUCACCCCUGUUGCUGAGUUCAAGAGAAAAGAUGGGGAUAAGAACGCGGCCCAGAGAAGAAAAGAGAGGAAGGAAAAACUUAUGAAGGGAAGAAAGAUCCCUACUCCUAAAGAAAUGAGGGAGAGGAAGAAGAAACGCAGAAUUGCUGUCCCUCUUAGCUCACUUAAUGCCAGAGGGUAACUGUCUGGGCUAAAUAUGAAGCUGUAGGUAAUUAUUUCAAGUCAACCUUUGACCGACUGUCUAAAGAGAAGGGUAAAGGCACUUUUUGAGGUAGAGGUGGGAAACAAUGGAAGGAUUUACAAAAGAUAAAUUUUGGUACUACAGAAACUGACUUCAGGUGAACUGUGAAUGAGGUUUUGGAAUUUUCAAUUUUGUAC